AUGUUGAUAGUGUAUGUUGAUGACAUUGCCACCAUAUGGGAUGAUAUGCCUGACAUUGUUGAAUUGAAGGUUUUCCUUUCUUCUGAAUUUAAGAUCAAGGAUCUUGGAAACCUGGAUACUUCCUUUGGAUUAUGGUGUCAAGAUAAGGAUGCCUACCAUAGAUUAGUUGGCCCCCUUCUUUAUCUUUGUUUGACCAGGCUUGAUAUAUCAUAUGAUGCGAGUAUUAUGCAAUUGGUAGGUUCUGUUGAUGAUAGACAUUCUACUUUUGGGUAUUGUACUGUGGAUUUUUAUGACUUGUGGCCUCAGAAAUUUCAGUACAAGACAAAUGGUGUUACACAGCGCCGCUGGAUCGUGGUGAGCAAUCCUAGUUUAUGUGCUCUUAUCUCAAAAUGGCUUGGAACCGAAGCUUGGAUCCGUGAUGUUGACCUCUUAAUGGGUUUACGAGAAUAUGCAACUGAUGUUAAUCUACAUCAAGAAUGGAAGAUGGUCAGAAGGGUAAACAAAAUGAGGCUUGCUGAGUACAUUGAAGCAAUGAGUGGUGUGAAGAUUAGUGUAGAUGCAAUGUUUGAUGUGCAAAUCAAGAGAAUACACGAGUACAAAAGGCAACUUCUUAACAUACUUGGUAUUAUCCAUCGGUAUGACUGUAUAAAGAACAUGGAGAAGAGUGAUAGGAGGAAUGUUGUACCUCGUGUAUGCAUUGUUGGAGGAAAAGCUGCACCUGGUUAUGACAUUGCAAAAAAGAUAAUUAAACUCUGUCAUGCUGUCGCAGAAAAGAUCAAUAAUGAUCCUGAUAUUGGAGAUCUUCUAAAAUUGGUCUUUAUUCCUGAUUACAACGUAUCUGUUGCUGAGUUGGUGAUACCAGGAAGCGACUUGUCACAACAUAUAAGUACUGCUGGUCAUGAGGCAUCAGGGACUGGGAGCAUGAAGUUUUUGAUGAAUGGGUGUUUACUUUUGGCUACAGCAGAUGGCUCUACAGUUGAAAUUAUUGAGGAAAUAGGGGAAGAUAACAUGUUUAUAUUUGGUGCAAAAGUGCAUGAAGUGUCAGCUUUACGUGAAAAAGGACAUGCCGAUAAGGUACCUCUUCAAUUUGCACGUGUUGUCAGGAUGGUUCGGGAAGGUUAUUUUGGCUUCAAAGAUUACUUCCAAUCAUUAUGUGACACAGUGGAGGGUGAUGGUGAUUUCUUUCUUCUUGGUGAUGAUUUUACAAGUUAUCUGGAAGCACAGGCUGCUGCUGACAGAGCGUUUGUUGAUCAAGAGAGAUGGACUCGGAUGAGUAUUCUCUGCACUGCUGGCUCUGGAAGAUUUAGCAGUGAUAGAACAAUGGAAGAAUAUGCAGAGAAGACGUGGGACAUUGAGCCAUGUAAGUGUCCCAUUUGAUCACUAACUUUCCCACAUUAGGAAUAUAAGAAGGGAAGCUAACGACUACUUUCUUAAUCUGCUCCCUGCAUCUCAAUUCGCAAGUACCAAUUUCUCUACCACUGUGAAAUAGUCCUCCAUCUGUCUGUCAAAGCUUAACAAAGUUCAAUAAGCUCCUUAGCAGCAUUGUAAUGUUGAUCGCCAUUAAUAAACGAUGUCAAAGCUGCAUAUGUAAAUAUACUUAAUUUAUUUCCCCAUGUUAAUUUCUAGUCUGAUACCAAGUACGAGCAUCAAAUUGGAUGAUAUGUUGAUAUCCUCAAGUCCUUGACAUAUUUUUAUAUGGAACUUGACCAAUGUAUGACUAGAGGUUACUAUACAAUACUAUAAGAGAGACUUAGUAGAGAUGCA